CCCGGAUGUGCCUGGGUAGUCGUGUUGGCAGUCUUGGGCUUCUGAGGUUUGGGCUGUCUGGGGGUGCUGGCAGCUCGGGCGGAUGGCGCAAGAUUGGGCCGGCUUCUCUGAGGAGGAGUUGAGGCGACUAAAGCAAGCUAAAGAUGUAUUUGAACCACAGAGGCGUGUUCCUGUAAAGAAAAGUCGACAACAACUUCAGCGAGAAAAAGCCUUGCAAGAGCAAAGCCAAAAACUUGGACUUAAAGAUGGAUCAUCCUCCUUACCUCCAGAGCAACUGCUUUCUCCACCAAAACAGAGAUUUAAUAAUCAAAACCCACAUUCUUCUUCCCCUAAUCCUCCCCUUAGUCCUCUUAUGCCUACCCCCCCUAUUGGUGAUGGACAACCACAGAGUGUUGAAAAUCAUCCUGGGGAACUGGAAUUUAAGAAUUCCCAUGAUGGUCACAGAAUUGCUGAGGUUCUACCUCCAAAACCAGAUUGCAAAUUGGAAAAAAAGAAAGUGGAAUUGCAAGAAAAAUCUCGUUGGGAAGUCCUCCAACAAGAACAGCGGCUAAUGGAAGAGAAAAAUAAACGUAAGAAAGCUCUUUUGGCUAAAGCUAUUGCAGAAAGAUCUAAAAGAACUCAGGCAGAGACCAUGAAACUAAAGCGGAUCCAGAAGGAGUUACAGGCUUUAGAUGACAUGGUGUCAGCUGACAUUGGAAUCCUUAGGAACCGUAUUGAUCAGGCCAGCCUGGACUAUUCAAAUGCUCGAAAGCGGUUUGACAAGGCUGAAGCAGAAUACGUUACAGCAAAGCUAGAUCUACAGCGCAAGACAGAGAUUAAAGAACAACUCACUGAGCACCUUUGCACCAUCAUACAGCAGAAUGAACUCCGCAAGGCCAAGAAGUUGGAGGAAUUGAUGCAACAACUGGACGUACAAGCCGAUGAGGAGACUUUGGAACUUGAAGUUGAGGUGGAAAGGUUGCUCCAUGAACAAGAAGCAGAAACAAAGAGACAGCUGGUCCAUUCAGAGAGGCCAUUUCAGCCUUCUGGGGAUAGUGUGACAUUUGCUAAAGAGAACAAAAAGCAUCCAGGACAAACUGCUUGCCCAAAGAUAGAUGAACAGAGUAAAAAUUCCAAUAGCAAUCCCCUUCUUGAUUCAAACCAACCAAAUCAAGAAGUUAAAACUGCUGUAAAUGAUAUUUCAGCUGCUCUGACCACAUGAAGUACUGGUGUGUUUUCUUUCCAACUGAUACUGUUAUUCAGUGAAGUGUGUUUUGUUCUAUAAACUAUGCCAUGACCUUUGAUAAAUGGUCUUUAAAAUCAUAUUAAUUUCUCUGUGUAUGUUAACGUAUUUGACCAUUCUAAAGUCUCAAGUUAGGAUAAUUUUAUGUGUGGGGCGUAGCUCACCUUGGUUUUGGUGAGCUGUAGUAAGUGUACCCUUACUACUGGGUAAAAACAAGUGACUGAAAAGGGUGGAAGAAAACACUUGGCUCAGUGUUUUUAGACCAGGUGAACAUAGAAAAGUAAAAUGGAAACUGAUACCUGGAAGAAGUAUUGGGAAUGAGAGUCCUAACUUACAUAGUCAGUAAAGAGACACAAAAUUAACAACUAGAACCAAAAAAAGAAGAAGGUUGCAUUAUCUAUUUGGAUCUUACUUGAGUUGCAAAAAACAACUUGGAAAUUGCAACUUGCUUAAAGAACCAGACAACUUAAGCUAACAUUACUUUUGUCUACAACUUCUUAAAUAGCUUUAGUUGACAACCUGAGUGUUACACAACCUGAGUUAGUUGAUAUACAUACAAACAUGUUUACAUAAACAUAUCAUGUAUGUAAUUUUAUUAUUGAUUAUUGUUUUUUUCCCUUUAAUCAGUGCAUUGAUUGAACAUUGACAAUGAAAACAUUUCUACAGUAAGGCUAAAAAUACAGAAAAUGUUAUUGCAACUUUUGAUUAUCCAAAGAAUUGAUCUAUUUUCCUUCUAAAGUUAUCUGUAAAUACGUGUUUUAUAUAAUAGGUAUAUAUUUCCCAUUACAAAGCAUUUAAAUGGCUACAGUGAUGAUUUUCUUGUUACUUUAUUAGUUAAUUCCUAUCACCACUACUACUACUACAUUGUGCUAUAUGUGAAUGUGUAAAUAAAUAUUAGUUUGUCAUAAAAUCUGUAUCACAUUAAAUUAUGAUCUAGCAAAAAUUCCAAAAAGUACAAAUAUUGCAUUUUAAAUCUUAAAAAAAAAUUAUAAAAGAAGAUAAGGACAAAUU